AUGCAAUCUUCUUUUGCGUCCGCAAAUGCCCAUCGGAGAACAUCAUCAAAUCCAUCGUUCAAGAUCCGGCCCGAGCGACCUAAAGAUCACGAAGCUAUACGUCAAGUUAUCUCAGCCGCUUUCGCGAAGAAAUCGCAUCUCCAACAUCGAGAGUUCGAAGUCGUGGAGAAGUUGAGAAAUGCGGGGCAGCUCAGUGUUUCGCUUGUUGCUACGACCGGGGUUGGAAGCAGUCAGCAAGGCGAAGAUAUUGAUGAAGAUGAAUUUUUGGUGGGUUAUGUUGCUGUGUCGCCUGUGAGCAUUGUUUCGCACGGGACUGAAAUAGGAUAUGGGGAGAAGGAUGAGGUCGGAAACAUGGGUGGUCAAGGUUGGUAUGGACUUGGACCUGUCGCUGUGAGACCUGAAUUGCAAGGGCAAGGAAUCGGACCAGCGUUGAUUUGGAAAGCGAGAGAUGUUUUGAUAGAGUUGGGAGCGAGUGGGUGGGUUGUUUGUGGGCGAAGAGAGUUGUACGCCAAAUUUGGUUUCGACAAAUUUGACGGUCUGUGGGUGGAUGGUGUGCCCAAGAGCAGAUUUUUCUGUGCAGCAUUGAAGGGAGAUGCUGAUCGAGAUCAUCGUAGGCGCGAGGUGAGGUACUGCGAUGCUUGGAAUAUACUGUAA